AUGCCGGAACAACUGAACGGCCACGUCGUGAUUGUGGAGCUCCCCGCCGCUGGGGGACAUCAUCGUGCCGCUCCGGCAAUUCAACCCUCGCAACACCUGCGGGAAGGCAUUGGAUCCCCCCUCAGCUCGUUUGACCUCCACCGCAUUCACAUCGACAGGACGUCCGCCAUCGUUAUCCUCGCCAGUUCCAAGCGAAAGUACAUAGACGAGAACAUGGUCGACGCCGACGCGAUCACGACCGUGCGGUACAUCAACGAGGCGUGUCCGGGGUCGAAGCCGCCCAACCUGAUCGUCGAGUUCGUCCAGGCGACCAAGUUUAUGAGCUGGAUUGUAAUGCGGCACAUGAACCACCACCGCCGGCCGCCCCGUCGCCAUGACAUGCGGCACUCAUUGUGUUCUUGUUUGCGAAUUUCUAACAAAGCCACUUGA